UUCCAUAAAUGGAUCCAUUUAUGGAAACAAAUGAUACAAUGUUUCAACCGCUGUAUGGAAGGACAGUCCCAGAACUGUCAGAAAUAGUUAUUUCUGACAGUUCUAUGACAUUCCUCCCUCCAUACAGCGGUUGAAACCGCUGUAUGGAGUGAAUGUCCCAGAACUGUCAGAAAUAGACUAUUUAUGACAGUUCUGGGACAUUCACUCCAUACAGCGGUUUCAACCGCUACUUAUUUCAUGACAGUUCUGGGACAUUCACUCUUCUCCUUCUUCUCAACCUUCUCCUUCU